AUGAAUAAAAUCAAAGUAGUUAACCCCAUCGUGGAAAUGGACGGUGAUGAACAAACAAGAGUUAUUUGGAAACUUAUCAAAGAAAAGUUGAUACUACCAUAUCUAGAUCUGGAUUUGAAAUACUAUGAUCUUUCUAUUCAAGAACGUGAUAAGACUAAUGAUCAGGUCACGAAGGACUCGGCUUAUGCGACUUUAAAAUAUGGCGUGGCUGUUAAAUGCGCUACCAUAACUCCCGAUGAGGCAAGAAUGAAAGAAUUUAACUUGAAAAAAAUGUGGAGAUCACCCAACGGUACAAUCAGAAACAUUUUAGGCGGAACUGUCUUCAGAGAACCUAUCAUUAUCCCAAAAAUACCUCGUCUGGUUCCUCAUUGGGAAAAACCGAUAAUUAUAGGCCGUCACGCUUUCGGUGACCAAUAUAGAGCUACUGACAUCAAAAUCAAAAGGGCAGGUAAGCUAAAGCUACAAUUUGAUUCAGAUGACGGUAAAGAACACAUUGAUUUGCAAGUCUAUGAAUUUCCCGAGAGCGGUGGUGUUGCUAUGGCAAUGUUCAACACAAACGAUUCCAUCAAAGGGUUUGCAAAGGCUUCCUUCGAAUUAGCCCUCAAGAGGAAGCUCCCACUAUUCUUCACCACAAAAAACACUAUAUUAAAAAACUAUGAUAACCAAUUCAAACAAAUUUUUGACAACUUGUUUGAUGCAGAAUAUAAAGAAAAGUUUAAAGCUUUAGGCAUAACAUACGAGCAUCGAUUGAUUGAUGAUAUGGUAGCACAGAUGUUAAAGUCCAAGGGCGGGUUUAUAAUCGCCAUGAAAAAUUAUGAUGGUGAUGUCCAGUCCGAUAUUGUAGCCCAGGGAUUUGGCUCCCUUGGUUUAAUGACAUCAAUUUUAAUUACUCCGGAUGGCCAAACAUUUGAAAGUGAGGCUGCCCAUGGUACGGUGACAAGACAUUUCAGACAACAUCAAAGGGGCGAAAAGACGUCGACAAAUUCAAUUGCAUCAAUAUUUGCCUGGACGAGGGCCAUUAUACAAAGAGGUAAGUUGGACAGUACAAGUGACGUUAUAAAAUUUGGAGAUUUACUGGAGAAGGUUACAUUAGAUACGGUACAAAAAGAUGGGAAAAUGACCAAAGACCUGGCUUUGAUGCUAGGAAAGACUGACAGAUCAUCGUACGUAACUACAGAAGAAUUUAUUGAGGCAGUUUCCAAAAGACUCAAUAAGACGAUCCGUAGCUCUACUGGAAGUCUGUGCAAACUGUAA